GGUGGAUGACUCAAGUGAUGGACUACCAAAAACACCACAUAUACUAUAACUUUGGUAGACAAGCUUAUACAUCACUAAAAAAGUGGAAUUUGCCCAUCUUCUAUUACAACUCAGAAUCCCACGCUACAGUAGCGUCUGCAAAGACUCAUAUAAUAACUUAUAAAGAGAUACCAGCCUCGAACAUUCUGUGAUAUUGGUGCAUAGCUCCAUGUUAACGGUUUGAAUUUACAAGACCUAAUUAAGCAUGUUGUCGACGGUAAGAGACUGCAAUUGGCUAUGCAUAGAAAUGUGUGAAGCAAAAACCAGUAGAAUAACGAGAGAACACAUACGAAAAAUCUUUGCGGAUAUAAUCCACUAAUAGAAGUCGAAGUAAAUGCAAGGAGUCGUACAGAGGACUAAAGAAAGAGAGAGUUGGGGGAGAAAUUGGCGGUGGAGGCAGUCCAAGUUAGCCAAAGCGACCGGGCGGUCCGGUGGCUAAACCCCAGGAGCGGGAGAUAAACCCUGCGCGCGCUCUGGCUUCGCACUGUCCGAGCAAACAACAAAGAUCGUCCGCAGUCGUCAUGAUGAGGAUUCGCGUGCAGGAGGCCCAAUGCGCUCGAAAUUCCAACACCUGUUGCGAGAGGUGAGCAAGUCGGUCAGACGAGGAGAUCAGAGAGCAUCGUUGCGGCCUUGGGGUGCGAGUGAUCGAGCCAGUGAGGUAAGCGGGGCCAUCCAUCGCUUAGAGUCCACGUCGCCCAGAUCGAUUGCAGUUGUACCUCCGCGAAGGAAAGCAUUGCGUUGUGGAGCACGUAGAAUUUUCGAAGGUUCCAUGGUGGCCGAGCGCAUGUCCAGGUACAACGCGGGGCGAUUGACACUGCGACCUGGGUGUUGACUGCACUUGCUGGCUGGCUGGCUGGCUCGCUCGCUCGCCGUGCUCCUUGCCCGUGGUCAAAAGAGUUUGGUGUUUCCGCAAUAUUCCACGCGCAGUCGCCUCGUGCAGGACCCGUGAGGCUCAUCAUUUGCUCCGUGAAUUUGCCGCCGAUGAGAGUUUGAGUACUGAAUUUUAUUCCGUGAAGGUGACAUUCGUCUAGCCGCCAAGUACGAAGAAGUACCCACAUCUACCCGGAAUGAUGUCAGUUGGCAGGAGUUUUCAUGGACAGAUGGAGGGCAAAUAGAACCCAAAUCUGUUGGAAUCUAGCGGCACAGAGCGGAAGGGGGUGCUCGUUGUAGUCUCGUCUGUGGAGGUUGAAUCUGUCGAGCAGGAUUGCGGUUUUCAAAUUAGUGAAUCUGCUUUUGGUUUUUCUUCGGAAUGGUGAAGGAGCGGGGUCAGAUUGGACCCCUUAAUGAGUGGAUGAUUGGUUUGAGAUAAGCUCAAUCAGACUUUUUUGUUGAAUUGUGCUCUGCAGUGGAAUCUGCUAGCCAGCUUCGCCAGCUCUGGGUUUGUUACAUGUGAGGAAUCCGCUUUUGGACUUUGACUUGGUUUAAAAUAAUGGGAAAGGUGGAUAAGCAGCGUAGCAUUCACACAUUUUUCACCGUGAGACGAAUGUCUCCGUUGGGCCUGCUCAUGGAAUCUGAGGCGUUCUGAUCAUACCAGCUUACUGGGGAUAUUUUGAGACUGGUGGGCAGCUGCUGGGGUUUCUAUCCUUUUCCUCCUUUUUGAUUGUCCCACUGUGGGGAUAAUCCUAGUGCUACAUUGCUUCUGAGACUAGAAAUCUGUUGUAUGUAAAGGCGCAGAUGCGAUGGUGCUGACUGCAUCAGGAGUUGUGUUUCUACGGCCGUCGCCCGGAAUUUUGCCACCUCACUGGCUACUUACCCGGUCCGCUGCGUGGCCUUGGAGUCAAUCUGGGUCAUCAUCGUCGCGUCUCCUUGACGUUGGCGAGAAGUCAAGCAAAUCGUCUGUACGCCCGGAGCAGAUCACGAAUUCGCCUGUAAAGCAGAGGGUGAACUUGUCACAACUGUUGAAGCGAAGUCCAAUUGGCUCCGAUGGUAAGCAAAAGCAAGAUGCGAAGGGUCGUGGACAGCAACCAUGGUUACCUGAAGCACCUGUGGUUGAGAAGCCUCGAGCAGUGCACAAUGCUGCAGCUCUGGCGUACAUGGGGGAUGCUGUAUACGAGCUAUAUGUUAGACGGCAUUUUUUGACUCCGCCUCAAACCAUGGAUAAAUUCAAUCAACGGGUUAUGGCGUUGGUUUGCUGUGAAGCCCAGCACGCCUUGCUCCUGGAUCUUCUGAAGAAAAAGAUUCUGACAGAGGAAGAAAAGGAUGUGCUCCGUUGGGGUAAAAAUAUCGAAGCUGGUCACAAGAAGGCAAAGAGGCGCGCUGGGACUAUGGUUUAUAACAGUGCAUCAUCGUUGGAAACUCUUAUAGGAUACUUAUACCUUACAAAUGUAGAAAGGCUUGAAGAGAUCAUGAGACACAUGGGCUUUGAUGCUGAAGACAUCACGCCUAGGCCUGUAAACUCGAAAUAAGCUACGGCAUUAGCUUUUCAUAGUAGCAGUCCUCAGUCAUGAUAGAUGCUCUAGAAUCAACUAGCUCCUCAGUUCUGACUGAUUAUUUUACUGACAGACAGCAGCCGUCAUCAAGCAAACAGGAUAUACUUCUUGUUAUUCAUCCUCCUGGAAUCCUGUACGAAUCAUACGUUAGCAUCAACAAGUCGACUAGCUCAGAUCGUCUUCAACAUUGAAGGCGAACAAUAUAUUUUAAGAGCCUAUCGCAUGUUACAUUCAUUUCACAAGAAUGUGAUAGAUGUGUUGAUCUGUGACUGUGUGCUUACUUCCAGCUGAAUGUGUGUAGUUGUUCCGCUGUCUUG